AUGCGAACGAGAAAACCGCGUCGGCCGUCCGCCGGAUCGUCCGCCGUCCUCUGGCGAGACGCAAUCCUCGGCUGUCUUGCGAUCGACUGCUACGCGUGCCAUGCACGCGGCGACGUUGCGCGCGUGGGCGUGGUGCCUCGAGUGCGUUCAACAUGUCCGGGAGUCGACUACACGACAACUUGCGCGCUCCGACAAGGAAGCCUUGUGCGCACACGAACAGGGCGACUACGGCCGAGGCUGUCCGCGUCUGCUGUGAGAUUUUCUACUGUCCGAGGUGCACAGUUUGCCUGCGCCGCCACGGCCCAGGUAAAUGCUCCUGCAAACUCAGCCGACGAGCGCUCUUGGCAAGCACUUACCUCUCUCUCUCGCUCUCGGCACGCUGGGGAUGCUGCAAUCGGCAAAACUUACACAUUCACAACGCCUAAUCCUGCGAGGCUGGUCACCAUCCCACAAAGCCUAAUUGCAAUCAGCGACAGUGAGGCGUGGUCAGAAUCGUGUUUUACCAUUUCAUCUGGCCCGCUCCUAUCCACCCCUGCCUACUCCCAACCAGCGCCGGCUAUGCAGACCUAA